CACGCACGCAAGAGCGUGCAGUGGCGAAGUUUUGGUGGUGGUGUACGCGAGGCUGAAAUUGUGACGGUUUGAAAACCUCUCCGACCUCAUUAAGCCUACGAUUGAAUGGGCGAUAACAACAGCGGGUAUCUGCAACGGGAAAUCCUCCAGCCAACGCUAGCUGGAGAACUUUCAGCAACACAGGCACUUUAGUGUGUGUUCCGGGUUUACAAGCUGGCACCAUGUCGACCCUGUAAACCAAACCCGCGUUACAGUUCAGGAAAAGUUGACAUCGGCAAGGUUGAGUUUGCUUUUAAUUAUGCAACGACGCUUUGCUUAGAAAGCUAGGUAGGUAGCGCUCAGCAAUUUUGAAAAGAUAAUAGUGAACCUGAACCUUUCAAAUGCAAUGUCUACUGCGAAAUACGGCGGCAGCGAGGAACUGGAUUUCAGACUUCUUUUUGGGGAGGACAGUCAACACACGGCGUUAGGCCACACAGGUGUCAGCGCAAAUAGUGGUGCACCCUGCUAUCCCUCUCCUGCAUCCCAUGAGCAGCUUGUUGUCCAGCAGCCUCCAGGCAUGCAGGGUGCUGCCACCCAGCUGCCACUUGCCCAGGACCCCUUCCCCACGAGCCAUGCCACCCCUGCUGCCACCUACAGAGCUAUGGACUCUCCAAGUCGUGUGUUUGACUGCCCCAGCAUUCAGAUCACCUCCAUCCCAGCCAGCUUCCAGCUGGCCUCCCACCAGGAUGGGGUCAGGGCGGAUCACGGGGGCGCAACCGGCCCUCUGGUGUCCCACGACCAGCUGUACCUCCCGCCGGAUGCAUCGCACAGGGAUGCGUCUGCGCUAUGCCCGAGUCCCUGCAGCAGCCUGUCGUCACGCAGCUGGCUCUCUGAUGCCUCGUCCUGCGAGUCAUUCUCCCACGUGUAUGACGACGUGGAGGCGGAGCUGAACGAGGCCACGGCCUGUUUCCGCCUGGACUCGCCGCUGGUGUCGCCGCUCAGCUCGUCCCUGCCGUCGCCUCUUGCCUCCCCUCAGGCGUCGCCGCAGGUUUCCCCUCUGGUGUCUCCGUUCGGCUCCCCGGGCUACGCGUUCAGAGAGGAGCCCUGGCUCCGUUAUCAGCAGCAGCAGCACUGCCUGUACAUGCGCUCACUCUCACCCCACCAGUCGCCCUAUCAGUCACCACGCACCAGCGUCACCGAGGACACCUGGCUCAGCCCCUGCCCGCACUCCUCCUCGCGGCCUUCCUCUCGCCCGACUUCCCCGUACGGCAAGAGGCCGCAUUCCAGCGCGGAGGCCGUACCGGGGUCCUCCUCGCCUCAUCUCUCUCCCAGCCCCAGCCCGUCUCACUCCCCGCGGGGCAGUGUCACUGAUGACACCUGGCUGGGAAGCCCCAGCCUGAUGGCUGCCUCCAUGCAGGCUUGUGCGACUGAGGUGGAUAUUCCCUCUAAAACCAGAAGGACUUACCAGGCUUACCACGGUCAGGACCGUAUGUCCCUGCUGCCGGGGCAGGGCGACUCGGGGCGGGAAGACCGCAGCCUCGUGUCCCCAGCACCGGAGUCCAACGUAGAAAUGUCACUGCUGUCUCUGAAGAAGGAGGACAUAGUGGAACAUUUCUUAUCUGUCCCUCCACCUUUCACAUGGGGAAAACCUAAACAAACACAAACCCCAUUAUUCAGGUCCACUUCUUUACCCCUGCUGGACUGCUCUCUUUUGCCCAGUCAGUAUGGGCAGUUUGAGCUGAAACUGGAGGUGCAGCCCAAACCCCACCACAGAGCCCACUAUGAGACAGAGGGCAGUCGAGGGGCCAUCAAAUCAGCUUGCGGAAAGCAUCCUAUAGUAAAGCUCAUAGGUUACAACGAGAAACCAGUCACCAUGCAGAUGUUUGUUGGCACAGCAGAUGAUCGUCACACAAGACCACACGCUUUCUAUCAGGUGCACAGGAUUACCGGCAAAACAGUGGCCACCCCGAGCCAUGAAAUGGUUAUCUCCAGCACCAAAGUUCUUGAAAUUCCUCUUCUCCCUGAAAACGACAUGUCUGCCAGCAUUGACUGUGCUGGGAUACUGAAGCUCAGGAAUGCUGACAUUGAGCUGCGGAAGGGUGAGACAGACGUGGGGCGCAAGAACACCCGCGUACGGGCCGUAUUCCGCGUGCACGUUCCCCAGGCCAAUGGAAAAGUGCUGUGUCUGCAGGUGGCCUCGAUACCUAUCGAGUGCUCUCAGCGCUCAGCACAGGAACUUCCUCAGAUAGAGACGUUCAGCCCUCCCUACGGCUCAGCGAGUGGGGGCGAGGAGAUGCUCAUCACAGGCCCAAACAUCACGCCAGACUCAAAGGUCAUCUUCCUGGAAAAGGGCCCUGAUGGCAGAACCCAGUGGGAGGUGGAUGCAAAACCCGUGUGUGAAAAGAGUAGGGAUACAAGCAUCGUGGUGAAGAUCCCAUCGUAUUAUAAAAGGACUUUAUUGUCCUCUGCGCAAGUCCAGUUUUACGUCAGCAAUGGCAAGAGGAAGAGGAGCCCCAGUCAGCACUUCAGCUAUGUCCCAAAUCAAAACCCUUUGAAUGCAGUGCAUGUGAAACAGGAGUUCGAUGGUGCUGGGGAUGGCGUCGCCUGUGACCCAGCCAAAUUCAUUGCUAUGCCUGCGGCCCAGCAGCUUCCUGAACAUCUGGAACAGUGGUUCUACUCUGGAGGCCCAGUUCCCAGCUACACCCCGCUGGACCACUCCUAUCUAAACCAAUAUCAUCCACAAGACGGUAGCCUUGGAACUGGACAUGGACAAUACCCUAUGUUCCACCCCUCAUCAUUGGAUUUCUCUAAAGCCUCCUUCCAAGGACCUCAGCAGAGCCUAUCCUACAAUGGACAGCUCAGUCUUCCCAGCAACUGGGAACCACUCCACGGAGGAAAAUCGCCUCCUCUUAUGUCUGAUCAUGUGACCUCUCUGCUGGGCAUUGGACAUCACGGCUCUCCUGGGGCUGUUCAACCCUUGAAACAAAGCUCUUCUCAGGGGCGCACCGAGAGCUACCUCAGCUAUCCCUCAAACCAGCCUGAACCAAGUAGCCCUGGUCACCAUAGAUCUGGUCAUGAGCCUGUGGACCUGGGGCGGUUUCAAAACUCUUCUCCCUCUCCGGAGUCCCCUGUUCCCCAGCAGUCUCCAGCUUCUGCCCUAGUGCCAACUACCUUAUCUUUAAAUGGAGAAGCCUUUACAGACCCAAAGUCUAACAGUGCCUCCCUCCCAGCAGCUAUUUCAAGUUGCACCAGUACCUCUGAAACUUCACAACGUUGCUCCUCAGUGGAGCAUAGACUUAACAUUACACAAGAACCAGGAGAAGAGAAGGAGCUCACCUUCCAGUCCAUUGGGAUACAGGAUAUCACUCUUGAUGAUGUGAGUGAGAUCAUUGUGAGAGACUUGUUCCAGGAUCCGGAUUGUGCGGGGGAUGGCCAUAGCUUGUUCCAUGACCCAGAAUCUACAGGGGAAGGUCACAGCUUGCCAUAGCAGCAAUGUUGGUGAAUCGGUUCCUCUGACAUAAUCAAGCCAUUGUAUACAGAAGACCUGGGUACUAAGAUUCAUUAUUAGAAGUCAGCAUGACUUUUAACAUAUGUUUAUGGGAAGUUUCAUAAAAGAUGAGCUAAAUUUGUUAGCCUAGCUAACAAAUGUAUAUGUUCCAGCUGAGUUUUUUUUUUUAAAACCAUGAGAUGUGCCUUUUGCUGAUGUGCCUAAAUGUGAGAUUCUGUGUAAAAUGUUUUAACUUGCUAAAUGUUGACUGUGAAGGGUAUUUAAGACUCAAAUCUAUGCAAUACAAUUUUUAAAUCAAAAUAUUGUUGGCUAGCUCCAUAGAAUUACUUUAAAACUUUAAAGUGUAACCUAGUUGCAUUUUAUCAUAUUUGUGUAAUUUUGAUGAUAAUGUGGAAAGGCUUUGCUUUGUAUUUGCAGAUUACAUGUAUCCUUGUUUUCAUAUGCAUUUUCCCAGGAUCCAGGUUUUUAUUUAUACAUUUGUACAUUGAACAUAGUCUGGGUGGCAUUUUAUGCGCUGAAAUGUCCCUUGUCUUUGCGGAAAGUUUGAAGUAAAGUCCCAUUUUUAAAAACGUA